UUUGAAUUUGGCGCCAAGCCCGCCCAAGAAAUAAGGAAUGAAAAUGUGAAAAGCUAAACCCGCCAAAUUCGGCCCAUUAUACCAUUCAGAGCAAAGUCAACACCCGCAACUAUUGGUCCAUUGUCCUAAAAAUCCACACGACAAAUACCGCAGCCUUAUAAACUCUCCGGCGCCGCCACUGACCACCGUCCGCCGCCGCUAAUAUACCCUCCAUGGCGGACAUUCAAACCCAGAAAACCAACGUCUGCAUCAUCGGCAGUGGACCGGCGGCUCAUACCGCUGCCAUUUAUGCCGCACGGGCCGAGCUGAAACCGAUCCUUUUCGAAGGAUGGAUGGCCAAUGACAUCGCGCCAGGUGGCCAGCUCACGACCACCUCCGAGGUCGAGAACUUCCCCGGUUUCCCAGACGGACUCGCCGGCGGUGAACUCAUGGACCGGUGUCGCGCCCAAUCCGUUCGAUUCGGUACACAAAUCUUCACCGAAACAGUAACUAAAGUCGAUUUCUCUUCAAGUCCUUUCAAAAUCAUCUCCGAUGAAAGGACCGUACUAGCAGACGCCGUUAUUAUAGCUACCGGUGCCGUUGCUAAGCGGCUCGUAUUCACCGGGUCUGGUGAAGGCGUAAACGGCUUCUGGAACCGCGGGAUCUCGGCUUGCGCCGUGUGUGACGGCGCAGCUCCGAUCUUCCGUAAUAAGCCGUUAGCUGUAAUCGGUGGCGGAGAUUCUGCAAUGGAAGAAGCUACAUUUUUAACGAAAUACGGUUCAAAAGUGUAUAUAAUUCAUAGGAGGGAUGAAUUUAGGGCUUCCAAAAUAAUGCGAAAUAGAGCAUUGUCUAAUCCUAAGAUUGAAGUGAUUUGGAACUCCGCGGUGGUGGAGGCUUAUGGAGAAAAGGUUUUGGGAGGAUUGAAGGUGAAAAAUGUGGUUAACGGAGAGGUUUCAGACUUGAAAGUUUCGGGUUUGUUUUUUGCUAUUGGACAUGAACCUGCUACUAGAUUUUUGGAUGGGCAAUUGGAGUUGGAUUCUGAUGGGUAUGUUGUGACUGAGCCCGGGACGACAAAGACUAGUGUUAAGGGUGUUUUUGCUGCUGGUGAUGUUCAAGAUAAGAAGUAUAGGCAAGCUAUUACUGCUGCUGGUUCAGGAUGCAUGGCAGCCUUGGAUGCAGAGCAUUACUUGCAAGAAAUUGGUGCCCAAGAAGGAAAGAGUGAUUGAUAAGCAUUGGUUCUUUUAAUUUAGAACUGAAUUUAUGUUGCAAAGAACGGAAAUCAGUCUAGAUUCCACAUAUCUGUUCAAAGAAAUUAUUGUCAUCAUGAUUUUUAUGGAUGUGAAGGAACUUUCUUGUAACGAUUAUCCUAGCAGUUGGAUGGAUGCAAUGGCUAGCAUCAGAUUUGUUGUCAUUCUAUAUUGUGGCAAAAGCUUUCGUACUUUUGCAGAUGUUAUUUUGCACUCAAGACCCAACUUUCCACAAAAAGUAAGCCUCUUUAUUUA